UUAUCUCGACCUUUCACAUCUAUAUACUUUGCCGGGUCGAGAUUCGUUCUACAUACUGCGCGCUGAACAUUUAACAGACUCGUCUCAGUAAGAGAUGUUCAGUUUACGAUUACUCGUUCAUCAUGAAGGAACAGUCGAAAAGUGAAAAAGACUUAGUAGUAACUUUGGAAGAAGGAUUACAACAGGAGAAGCAGGAAUAUAUAAACAAGCUCAGAUAUAACACCAACUGUUGCAAGCAAUGGAUACGAUGCAUCAGACUAAUAUUUUUAUUAGAACUGACGUUAUUUUUUGGAUGGGGUUGUUACAUGAUCUUACAGAGUUAUCAUUCCCGAGUAAUGGAAAAUGAGGUUACGGAUAGCAUUCGUGAGAGAUAUUUACCAGUGUUUGAAUCAGUGUCUGAAGUACAGAAAGCACAUCCAACUACGAAAGAAAUGCCUGUGAUAUUUGUCAAACCGGAAAUUAUCACAGAUAAGCUAAAUAAUUUUCUGGGAGGCAUAGAAUCGACUAAGGAACAAGGCAAGACAAUUGUAAUAGAUGUAGACAGCAUAAUGCCAACGAGUUCACAGAAUUCUAUUAGCAUGCUAAGUAAUAAUAUGGUGGAAGCAAGUGAUAUCAAUAAUUCACCGAUGACAUCACCGUCGGAAGAUUUAGUGUAUAACGAAGAAUUUAUGAAGAAUUUGAUGCCAUGGAAAAUUUUUUCUUUCAAAGAUUCUGUUAAUAAUAAACGAUUUCUUGAAAAACUGCAAAAUAUAGCUAAAUUAAUAGAAAUUAAUGAUUCAGAACAGUUUGAAAACAGCUAUGAUUUUACUGAGGAUGCUAAUCGAUUGACGUUAAACAACCAGAAAGAUCGUGCAUUAGAUACAUCCAAUGAAAUCGAAAGUUUAGGACUUGAUGUUACAACGAGUGUAAAUCUUGAAGAUUUCAUGAAUUUCAAAAUAAACUUUGAUAAUAGUCCGCAAGAUCUGGGACAGAGAUUUCUCGAUUUAACAAAAGUUGAGAUGCAAGAUGAUCAUGGUGAGAAGAAGAAUGGUUUUUUGGAAGCUUGGACUGACGAACAAGUAAAUACAUCUUUAGAAUCAGAUCUCGUUAUAUGUCCACCUGAUCAAUCCUCUGAAUCUUCUGAUAUGUCUUCAGAACAUUUGAUCACAAAUCCUUUGAUUUCUCAAUCUGUAUCAGUACCAGAAUUAUUAGAACAAAUUAAAAAUAUUUUGAGUAAUGAUAAUACAAAAAAUAAAGAUAAACAUGACGCAGAUGAUAGUAACAUGUCGAUGUCAACAUCAUCUGACGCAUUUGCGUCCGAAAACGAUGAGCAUUUUGCUUUCGAUACACAGAUACCUAUCGUACAAAAUAUACAAGAUCAUCAUUUGUCAGAAAUUAUUGCAAACACAAAAGAAGAAGAAGCAAAAUAUAAUUUAAUGAAGAAUAUUGAAUCUAUUGAUUCCGAGUUUUUGCAACCAAAAAUACAAGACAUUGCAGAAUCUUCGACACCAAAUGUUAAAUUUCAGUGGUUUAAUGCGCCCCCUACUUUUGCAAACGAUCUACAAUUUGGAUUGAAAGACAUAUCAGAAUCGAGCAAGACACAAAAUCCAUCAUUAGAGGAUACAAUUGAGAACACGGAGACCAACACUUUUAUUCCAGGAAAAGAUAAAUUCCAUAUUCAAUGCCAGACCGAACUCAAAAUGAAUGUUCUCAGAAUUAGAUGUCCUGAAAUGAUGAUUGAUGAAGAAUGGAAUUUUACUUCUUCUGGUACACAUAUAAACGAUUUUUUAAACGUUAAUAAUUUCAAAAAUAAUUUUUCUAAUAUGGAUGAUUAUAAUGAUGAUUACAAUAAAGAUGAAAGCAAACAAUCGAGGGAUGAAUCAAUUUCUAACGAGAAUUCUGAUAAAAAAGUUGCAAGCUUGCAGCACAGUGUACCUAAAGUAACCGACGCAGUUGAAUUACAAGAAAAUAUGUCAGUAAGAAGUUUGAAAAACGCAUUUGAUUUUACUUUCAAAAUAGAUUCUUUUGAUAGACCAGAAAUCGAUAAACACGAUGAAAUUAAUAGUCCAGACAAAGAAAAAAUAAAGCAAGAAAUAUCCUCUUCUUCUACAACGAUAUCCUCCUUUACUAGUGAAUUUGAUUCAGACACCGUCGAUUUGAACAAGGAGUGGAAUCCAUUAUUAGAAAUUUUCGAUAUGCUACAACAAAAACAAUUAAAAGUUACAGAAGAACAAGAUCUUUUAAAUUCCAAAAAUGCUGAAACUUUUUUGGAAAAUAACCAACGCGUUUACGACUUGGAAAAGAAACUAACUUCUAUAUUUAAUGAUGAAAUUUUAAAUAUUAUAAAGCAACAAUAUCUAUCAGAAAGUUUUUCUACAGAUGAUUAUUCGGAUUACAUUUGCAACAUUUCUCUUAACAUCUGUUCUUCGUCUCCAAAUUCAUGGCGUCAGACGUAUGUUGAUUUAAAAAAAUUCUUGGAACAUGUACAUGAUCAUGAUAAUCCAUCCGAUAUAGGGAACGACUACAAUUACAGAAAGAAACGAAUGGCUGAUGAUUUAACGGAGCAAUAUGAACAAGUAUCAAAUACAUUGGAAGAAAUUAAUAAAAAUGUAAAUGUAUUACAAAAAUUGAAAACAAUUUUUCGAAGAAUGGAGGUUUUUGCCGCCUGCAUUGAUACACUUCAUGAACGUCAUCUUCUUAAUAAUAAACUGGAUGAUGAUUAUGUUUCGAACGAAUUUUCGAUGGAAACUAAUGAACACCGAGACUCAGAUAUAAAUCCAUAAAAGGUAAAUGGAAAAUAUAUAAUAUAUAUAAAUAUUUCUAUUUUUGUAUACUAUGUUAGUUUUUUAUGUAUUUUAUAAUUGAUUUAUAAAAAUAUUUGUUUUAUUUAUGCCGACUAUAUUACACAUUCACACAUCUAUUACAUUGUAAUAACUACAUUAUUAUGAUCAAAGAGAGAAGAACGAAUAAUAGAUACGUAUAUCAUACAUACAUACAUAUAAAGUACAUUUCAAUUGUUUUUUUAUCGCACAAUAUGUUAUUAUAUUUAAUAUGUAUACUUAAUAUGUAAUAUUCUCUCUCACACGAAAUUUGUUCGUAAACCUAUGGAUAUUUGACAAAAGCAUGCCAUGGUAUAAUUAGUGCGUUGCUCAUAUGCCUGCGCAUAGGCCUUGAACUUAUUCAUGCUAAUUUGUUACGAUUUAUAUGUAGCUGCGUUAAUCCGAUAACGUUCCCAUGCGUUGGUUAAAUGACGAUUACAAUUGGCCGUUCGAUGAUUAUAAAACUGGCAAAGUAGGUCAGGCUCGUAAAUCUUUAGAAUAGUUCUUGAUUAUGCAUAAUCUUUUAAGAGGUGCCAUUUUUACUUUAAAAUAAAUUCUAGAUUAUAAUUCUGUAUUUUACUACACAUUACAAAUGUCUUCUUUAAUAUUUAUACAUGGCAAUGAAAUUGCUACCUACGUCAUUAAUUACUAAUUCAAUUGUGCUACAUCGUUUUAUUUAAUGAAGAUAUUUAUUAUAUUUCAAGUUAACGCAUCAAUGUAUCGUGUAAUCGUUUAUUAAAAGUAUAUAAAGCAUAUAUUUUUGCAAAUUGCACAACAUCGUGUACGAAAAAAUUCAAUUGAUUUAUUUAACAAUUCUAACAUUUAAACUGAUCGAAAAUGUUGCAAAAUAUUCAAAGUUACGUAAAUGAUAUAUUUAAUAAAGUAGGAUAGCUGAUCUUAUCAAGUUUGUUAUUGAUUUGAUAUAGCGUUGCACUUCUUUAUUAAUGUCAGCACCCAGCCAAUCACGAUUUAAUCGCGCUCUGACCUUACACCUUACCAGUUUCGUGAAACAUGCAAGAUCGACCACGACAGUUCGAUCACUAUUUCGAUCACCGGAUGAGCAUUUUGGUAAAUUGCCUUGUAAAUCACGGCACGUCCUGCACGCGUCUUGUUAAAUUUAUGAAUUACACGCAAGCCUUCGUGAUCGAUGAUCGAUGCAAGCCUUUUCCUGUCGAAACAAAAGGUGAAGCGCGAUUGUUGUUAAAACGACAUAAUUCCAUACGCGCCUUACUGCUACUAUAAACAGAUGUGGCAAAGCGCGAUGCACUUGGCGUGUAGGCAAACACAUUCCUACGAUAGUCUGGCCAUAAAAUACUGGCAACAUAACAAUAAAUUUUCCGUCGCUUUCGUGCACACGCUGCCGGAUGAGCCUCCUUUGUAAUCUGUAAAGUUAACAUUUCAAACUCGACCGUAUUCGCUGACGAAGAGACGCGAUAACGGGCACAAAUGAUAAUGGAGAAACUAUGCUAGAUACUCAGAUAAAUUCUUAUAAGAAAUGCGCUAGAAACUUUAAGGGAUAAUAAACUUUGCAGGAAAAACUGUGCUCAAUUUUUAUAAAUCUGUUUCUAUUGUAUGAUACUUAUAAAAAUCAC